AUGACACUCCGCAAAGGAGAGAAAAUGACCAUAAGUAUCCAGGAGCACAUGGCUAUUGACGUCUGCCCCGGCCCCAUCAAACCCAUCAAGCAGAUCUCCGACUAUUUCCCACGCUUCCCCCGAGGGCUCCCCUCGUUCCCCCCUGCCGAGGCCCCCCGAGAGGAGGAUGAGGAUGUGGAUCAGCUUUUUGGAGCCUAUGGCACGACACCCGCCGAGCAGCCAGCCAAGAGCCAAGCGCCCGAGGAGGUGGUGGACCCCGAGGGCUACGAGUCCGACGACUGCACCACGUUGGGGACGCUGGAUUUCAGCUUGCUCUACGACCAAGAAAACAAUGCUCUCCACUGCACCAUCAAUAAAGCCAAGGGCCUGAAGCCGAUGGACCAUAAUGGUUUGGCUGAUCCAUAUGUCAAAUUGCACUUGCUUCCCGGAGCCAGUAAGGCAAACAAGCUGAGAACCAAAACGCUGCGUAACACUCUGAACCCCACGUGGAAUGAGACUCUCACCUACUACGGCAUCACCGACGAGGACAUGAUCCGCAAGACCCUGCGGAUCUCAGUCUGUGAUGAGGACAAGUUCCGCCACAACGAGUUCAUCGGGGAGACACGGAUCCCACUGAAGAAACUGAAACCCAACCAGACCAAAAACUUCAGCAUCUGCCUAGAGAAGCAGCUGCCGAUAGAUAAAACAGAGGACAAGUCGUUGGAGGAGCGUGGCCGGAUCCUCAUCUCCCUCAAGUACAGCUCUCAGAAGCAGGGGCUGCUGGUGGGCAUCAUCCGCUGUGCCCACCUGGCUGCCAUGGAUGCCAACGGCUACUCCGACCCCUACGUCAAAACUUACUUGAAACCAGACGAGGACAAAAAAUCAAAGCACAAGACAGCAGUGAAGAAGAAGACACUGAACCCAGAGUUCAAUGAGGAGUUCUGCUAUGAGAUAAAACACGGUGACCUGGCAAAAAAGACCUUAGAAGUCACCGUGUGGGACUAUGAUAUUGGGAAAUCGAAUGAUUUCAUAGGUGGAGUCGUGUUAGGAAUCAAUGCCAAAGGGGAGCGGCUGAAGCACUGGUUCGACUGCCUGAAAAACAAGGACAAGAAAAUCGAGCGCUGGCACACGCUAACGAACGAGCUGCCGGGCGCUGUCCUCAGCGACUGA